UAAAACCCUAGUCCCCCCCUGCCAUCCUCCUCGAUCGCUUGCUCCAUGUGGAGUCACUUAUUACGCCCAGCCCAGCCCAGCCAGCACCUUAACUCGGCGAUCCACCCCUUGGAUCCACUCUACCCAGCUCGCUAGCCAGCGGGGUACAUACACGCACGCACGUACGCGCGUACGUACACUCGCAGAGCUUGCUUCAGGGAGGCCGGCAAUGGAGGUGGGGACGUGGGCGGUGGUGGUGUCGGCGGUGGCCGCGUACAUGGCGUGGUUCUGGCGGAUGUCCCGCGGGCUGCGCGGGCCGCGGGUUUGGCCCGUGCUCGGCAGCCUGCCGGGCCUGGUGCAGCACGCCGAGGACAUGCACGAGUGGAUCGCCGGCAACCUGCGCCGCGCGGGCGGCACGUACCAGACCUGCAUCUUCGCCGUGCCCGGGGUGGCGCGCCGCGGCGGCCUGGUCACCGUCACCUGCGACCCGCGCAACCUGGAGCACGUCCUGAAGGCGCGCUUCGACAACUACCCCAAGGGCCCCUUCUGGCACGGCGUCUUCCGGGACCUGCUCGGCGACGGCAUCUUCAAUUCCGACGGCGACACCUGGCUCGCGCAGCGCAAGACGGCCGCGCUCGAGUUCACCACCCGCACGCUCCGGACGGCCAUGUCCCGCUGGGUCUCGCGCUCCAUCCACGGCCGCCUCCUGCCCAUCCUGGCCGACGCGGCCAAGGGCAAGGCGCAGGUGGAUCUCCAGGACCUCCUCCUCCGCCUCACCUUCGACAACAUCUGCGGCCUGGCCUUCGGCAAGGACCCGGAGACGCUCGCCCAGGGCCUGCCGGAGAACGAGUUCGCCUCCGCGUUCGACCGCGCCACCGAGGCCACGCUCAACCGCUUCAUCUUCCCGGAGUUCCUGUGGCGCUGCAAAAAGUGGCUGGGCCUCGGCAUGGAGACCACGCUGACCAGCAGCAUGGCCCACGUCGACCAGUACCUCGCCGCCGUCAUCAAGAAGCGCAAGCUCGAGCUCGCCGCCGGCAACGGCAAAUGCGACACGGCGGCGACGCACGACGACCUGCUCUCCCGGUUCAUGCGGAAGGGUUCCUACUCGGACGAGUCGCUCCAGCACGUGGCGCUCAACUUCAUCCUCGCCGGCCGCGACACCUCCUCCGUGGCGCUCUCCUGGUUCUUCUGGCUCGUGUCCACCCACCCUGCGGUGGAGCGCAAGAUCGUGCGCGAGCUCUGCUCCGUUCUCGCCGCGUCACGGGGCGCCCAUGACCCGGCAUUGUGGCUGGCGGAGCCCUUCACCUUCGAGGAGCUCGACCGCCUGGUCUACCUCAAGGCGGCGCUGUCGGAGACCCUCCGCCUCUACCCCUCCGUCCCCGAGGACUCCAAGCACGUCGUCGCGGACGACUACCUCCCCGACGGCACCUUCGUGCCGGCCGGGUCGUCGGUCACCUACUCCAUAUACUCGGCGGGGCGCAUGAAGGGGGUGUGGGGGGAGGACUGCCUCGAGUUCCGGCCGGAGCGAUGGCUGUCGGCCGACGGCACCAAGUUCGAGCAGCACGACUCGUACAAGUUCGUGGCGUUCAACGCCGGGCCGAGGGUGUGCCUGGGCAAGGACCUAGCCUACCUGCAGAUGAAGAACAUCGCCGGGAGCGUGCUGCUCCGGCACCGCCUGACCGUGGCGCCGGGCCACCGCGUGGAGCAGAAGAUGUCGCUCACGCUCUUCAUGAAGGGCGGGCUACGGAUGGAGGUACGUCCGCGCGACCUCGCCCCCGUCCUCGACGAGCCCUGCGGCCUGGACGCCGGCGCCGCCACCGCCGCCGCAGCAAGUGCCACAGCGCCGUGCGCGUAGAAGACCUGGCACCGGCACGCGCCAUGCAUGAUUCGUGCGUGCUAGCUGUUGAAGGGACGCCGGACAUUGAAUGUGUAGAUAGGGCAGCAGUGCAAGACCGUAAGUAAAAUUGAUGAUGGGUUUGGUGACAACAUUGAAGCCACUCCUUUCCAGAAUUUACGACCCGGAUAGGAGAAACAGGGAAACUUUGCAGAUCACAACACAAGAUCUAGCCAGCCGGGGAUCUGAUCUGAUUUGCGUCUGCUCGGAGCACGGGUGCAUGGGAGACCAAGGAGGAAAACAAAAAAUAACAGAAACAGAGUGAGCAAUAUUUGUGAUUGUAGCCACGGGAAAGAGAGAGGAGUAAUUAGUAAUUCAGAUUUGUUUGCAGUAGCUCGGUGUUGGUGACCAGAUCAUAGCCAACUAGGCUAUUCUAUUCUAUUCUAUUUUUGAAGAUGAUUUUUCGAA